AUGAGGGUUUUUAAUAAGAGUGAUAAAGUGUUGUUAUAUGACGCUGCAAAAGCUAACAGCCAUUUGGGAAAAUUUCUACCUCGAUGGUUGGGUCUUUUUAUAAUUGCUCAAAGGGUUGCGCAAGACGUCUAUAAGUUGAAAACAAUGGAAGGACGUCCCUUAGAUACUCCUCACAUCGCCUUGUUGUUGAAAAGAUCAUAA